CGCUUUAAACCAGAUCGCUAAACUUAGCCAGAUGCAUGUGGAAACAAGUGGUCUGUUUAUAUUUUAGAAUUAAGUGAUUACACAGUGCAUCUUAUAUUGUAUAGAAGUUUAUAGAUACAAUGGAAUAAGUAUGAUCAAUCAUAUUCGUUGUGGUAUUGAUUACUUAACAUAUUUUAUAUUUAAUCAGUGUACUAAAUAGUGCUGUGUUUAUGUUCCGCAUUGUCGUAUUGGUGGUGUGAUUGUAAGCGGACGGAAUUCCCGCAAGAGCGAAGUUAGUAAGUAGAACUUUCGUUAUAUGUGACAGGCAACAAUUAACCAUUUAAUUACAUUUGCCACUGAAGCCAUUCAGAGGAAAGGAGCAUAUUUUUGCUUUAACUACUGCGAUGCCAUUGAAGCCAAGUCCGAAUCAACGAGUGGUCGCUUGUGUCGGAGUCCUAAUAAGGCGGCGCAGGGCGUUAUUAAUCUUACAGUAGCAGCCAACAGGUUUCUAGAUGGUACCAUGCUGGUAUUCAGAGAAGAUGAAUUCCGUGAGUCGGCAGUGAGAUAUGAAGGCGACAUUGAGCGGGAGAACCUGCGGUACUAAAACAACACCGACAACAGCACUUCGGACCUUUCCGAACAGUACAUGGUUGCUGCUUCUGGUGAAAUUGUAGAAAUUAGUGCGACACAUAACGCACCGCAGUCUGACUCUUUUCCUUGCGAUAUCAUCUCCGUCGAGAAGAAGCCCCGACCUCAAUACAAGCCGUCAAGACCUCCACUUCUUCCGCCGUGCCGGGUGUGCGGGGACAGAGCUUCCGGUUUCCAUUAUGGCGUGAAUACAUGCGAGGCAUGUAAGGGUUUCUUUCGGCGAAGUAUUUGUAAAACAGAGCCGUAUGUGUGUUAUAAUGGAACACAGGACUGUCGGAUCGCUCCCGGGAAGCGGACGGCGUGCUCUCACUGCCGCUACAAGCGCUGUCUGGAGGUGGGCAUGUCAAAGGGGGCCAUCAAAACCGGCAGGUACACGCACGAACUGCGCUCGAAAAAUAUCCUCGACGUUAAAAUGUUGGAAAAGCAGAACGGUGGCGACACGGUGGAGGCAGAUAGGGUUCAUGAUGUGUCAUCGUUUCUUAGUAAACAUCCCGAUGAAGACGGCGAGAGACUCGACAGUAUUCAGAGACUGAUUCUUGAGGAGACAUGCGGUGUACUUGUGUCUUCGAAUCCCUGG